UUCAAGGAGUGGUGGAACUGUUAUGUUACAAAACCUCCACAUUACAAUGUUGAAUAACUUCUCUUGCUUUCCGCUAGGAUAUAAUUUAUCGUGAGGAACAGUGAGAAUUCCUUUGUACGUUCGUGUUGUGAUUUUAAAAAGCCAGGAAAAAAACGUCGGAAAGAAUAAAAUGGCAAAGCGGCGUGUUUGUCAGGAGGCAGAUGUCGCUACAAAGAAGCUGAAGCAGGUGAUGAAGGCAAAGACGAGAGAAGAAAAGAGGAAAGAUGCAGAUGAUGACAACACAGAAGUGGAGGAGACCCUCAGAAGGAAGGUCAAGCCCAAGCCACGUUCCUCCAAAGACCAAGCAGCUGGAAAUGUUCGCUCUAGGAAGUCCACUAGCGUCAUCACCAGCAAACACUUCCAUUCUUCACCAGUAAAGAUGGACGACACUCACAGUGACAAAAAGAUGAGCUUAGCAGCCUCCUCGGCUACAAAGAAAGACCAGAAAGUAGAGGAAGAUGAGGAGGAGAGUGAGGAAGAGGAGGAUGAUUGGGAGGAAGUGGAAGAAUUGGCUGAGCCGCUUGGUCCAACGGAAUCACCGGAACCAGUCCUGCCUUCUGAGCCAGUACAGAUAGAAAUCGAGACCCCAGAGGUUAGGAAAAAGCAAAAGAAAAAAGCAGAAUUUGAGAUGUACCUGAGGCGGCUGAUGAACCGUUACAAGAAGGACCUGCUGAUAGACACACACAAGGUGCACCUCAUGUGUCUGUUAGCCAGCGCGAUGUUCCACAACCGUCUCUGCAGUGAACCCGACCUGCUGGCUAUUACCCUGUCACUGCUGCCUACCCGCAUUAGUGCUGUCUCCAAAGAACGCAUCGACCAAAACUACCUCUCUGGGCUUCUCAAAUGGUUUCGAGCUAAUUUCACACUCAACCCCAGUCUUUCCUACGAGGAGCAUCCAAACCCUCGUUCUCUGCUGGAGAGACGUCUGGCCAGUCUGUCAGCCAAGAACCACCAGGAGAUGACACAUCUCUUCAUGUUGGUCCUGAGGUCUUUGCGACUCUUUUGUCGCUUGGUUGUUUCUCUGCAGCCCAUUCCUCUCAAACCUCCAUCAGCCAAGGUACCAUCAGCAUUAGGUUUGAGUUCAAAGACAAAAGGAGCUACAGCAACUUCCGAAUGCCCAGCAAAAACACUGCAAAGCCAGGGAACGUCGCAGAGCAACUCGCCUGAGGAGAAAAUCUCUCUAGGCACCAAGAGAGAAGGAGGGAAGAGUGCUGGAAACAGAGGAGGGAAAAAGGCAAAGAGGAAAGAAUUAAAGGAGGAAGAAGAGGAGGAGGACAAGAUUAGGGUGUCAGGAGGAGGGCAGAGACCAAAGAACUCCAAGCGGCGCAGCAUCGCCUCAAAGGUCAGUUACAAGGAAGAGAGCAACAGUGAGAAUGAGGAGGAGCUCAGUGAUGAGGAGUUUAAAGCAUCCAGUGAAGAGGACAGUGAAGAUUCAGAGAGUGGAAAGAAAGCUAAACAGAGGAGCACCAACAAGAGCAACACAAUCCAGAAAAGGAGUUGUGGAAAGAAAGAGGAGGUAAAAGAUGAGGGAGAAAAAGGAAGCGAAAAAGUGACAAAAACAAAGCAAAGGAGUACAAAGAAGAAUGUCGGUCCUGGAGCUGAUGAGUGGAUGGAGGUGUUCCUGGACAAAACCUCCUCCUGGGUGUGCAUAGAUGUGGAGCACGGAGUGGGCGCACCUCACCUCUGCUCCCAGAACGCAACGCAGCCAAUAACCUAUGUGGUGUCUGUGGAUGGAGACGGCUUUGUGAAGGACCUGGGCCGCAAGUACGACCCCACCUGGAUGACGACGACAAGGAAGAGGCGGGUGGAGGAGGAGUGGUGGGAGGAGACGCUGCAGCCAUUCCUGAGGCCUGAGGAUGAGCGGGACAAAAAGGAGGACACAGAGAUGCAGAGAAAGCUGCUCAACAAGCCGCUGCCCAUCUCCAUCACCGAGUACAAGAACCAUCCGCUGUACGCCUUAAAGAGACACCUGCUCAAAUAUGAAGCCAUCUAUCCUCACACCGCUGCUGUUCUUGGAUACUGCAGAGGAGAGCCUGUCUACUCCAGAGAUUGUGUGCAUACGCUACACUCCAGGGACACAUGGCUGAAAGAAGCACGGACUGUCAGAAUAGGAGAAGUACCCUACAAGAUGGUAAAGGGCUUUUCUAAUCGUUCCCGCAAAGCUCGUAUGAUGUCCGAGCAGAAGAAUGAAAAUGACUUGGCUCUGUUUGGAGAAUGGCAGACUGAAGAGUAUCAACCACCUAUAGCUGUGGAUGGAAAGGUUCCCCGCAACGACUAUGGUAAUGUCUACUUGUUUAAAGCCUGCAUGUUGCCGGUGGGCUGUGUCCACCUCAGGCUUGCAAACCUGAACCGUGUUGCCAAGAAGUUGGACCUGGAUGCUGCCCCCGCCGUCACCGGAUUCGACUUCCAUGGGGGAUAUUCGCAUGCAGUCACUGAUGGCUACAUAGUAUGUGAGGAGCAUGAGGAGAUCCUGAGGGCCGCCUGGGUGGAAGAACAAGAGCUUCAGAAACAGAGAGAGAAGGAGAAACGAGAAAAGAGAGUAGUCUCCAACUGGACUCUGCUUGUGAAGGGCCUGCUGAUCAGGGAGCGCCUUAAACAGCGUUACGGCAAGAAAGGCCUCUCUUCCACUAAAGCCGACGGCGACAUAUGCGACGGCCUUUCAUCAGAUGAGGACGUUGUUGUGGAGGAAAAUCCCAGCAGUAAAACGGCAUCAGAGACCUUGGCUAUGUCCUGGCCCCAAAACAGACAAGCAGAAGAGAAGAAAGGAGGGGGUGUCAGCGCAUUGAAGACAAAGCGGGACAUGAGAGGGAAAGAGAAACAUUUGUUCCCUUUUGAGAAAGCAUGACACUGCAGAAAUCAUUUUCACUUUGCACUUAAUUCACUGGAAUCACAAAAAAACAAAACACGGAUCACACUGCAUAUCUGUAAAUCAGUGGAAAGUUUUAGUGACAGUUAUCAAAGGAGCUAUUCAUAUUAUAAACAAUAUAAUAAACACUUUUCACAUGGAGGCUACAUAAAAGAGGCACAAACAUUUUUGUACAGCAAAUGUUAAAUCACUGCUUGUAUUUGUAAUCCUUAAAAGAAGGUAUUUUUUUGUAAGGGAAUAAAAGAAAAAUUAUGUUGGAUGUUGUGGUCUUGGAUGGAUGCAUGGAACUAUUAUCUUAUGUUUAAAAUGUUUUAAAUGUUAACGUACAGGGGAAUGAUUUAACAAAACUGUUCAGUACCUCAGAAGAAAUACAGUGCUGACAACAGUAAAUACUGCAAUGUUUUUGCUCAAAUACUACUAAAAU